AUGGCUCACUCCCUCGCCGCCGCCGCCGGGCACAAUCUCGAGCGACGCACGGUAGUGUCGGUCCUGCUCUUCCCGCACCAGCCGUACGCGACCAAACCGUCUCGGGUCCUGCUGUUCCGCCGCUCCGACAAGGUCAGCACGUACCGGCGCAAGCUGGCACCCAUCGCCGGCUCGGUCGAGACGUUCGACAAGUCGCCCCUCCAGGCAGCCUGGCGCGAACUGAAGGAGGAGACGUCCUUCGGUCCGGGCCAGAUCGAACUGUGGCGACGUGGUGCGGGCUUCGAGUUCACGGACCAGAAGGCCGUGGUCACUGGUGAGGGUGAGCACCGCGUCAAGGGACGUAUCUGGACCGUUUGGCCGUUCGCGUUCCGCCUCACCAAGGAGACGGCCGACUACGACGAUGACGUGGAAAAAUUGGGCCUGCAGAUGAACUUUGAGCAUCUGGGCUGCCAGUGGCAGAGUGUCGACGACAUCCUCAGCGGCAAGAUACUGGAUGACUGCGUGCCCCGACUCGAGGUGACGCUGGGCCAGGUCUGGGUCGACCCGGACAGCGUGCUGUACCAAGGACUCGAAGAACUACGGCUGGAUCACUCGCACGGCGCGAGGGAACUGGCGACUAUGGCUGUGAAGUCACUAAUCCGCAUCGUGGAACAUGACCAGCAAACAAAACAACAAAUAGACGCCGCGGCAUGGUGGAAGGGCUUUCAACGGCAGGCAUUCCACCUCGCCUUCAACGGCCGACCCAGCAUGGCUGCUGCGAUAUCGAACGCUGUGGCUGCGGCAUUGAAGGAAGCAAAGACUCAUAUCGAAUCCUCUCAACCAUCACCAUCACCACCACCAUCACAACAGGACUAUCUCGAGAAAGUCAAACAAAGCCUCGAGGUCUCGGUGGCCAAACGGGCCGAGCUCUCCCAACGAGUGAGUUACCAGUUCUCGAAGUUCCUGCAGGAGAGAUUCCGGUCGAAUACUCAAAAGCACGCAGACGAGGGGAAAACGAACUGGCGGAUCAAGAUUCUGACCCUGAGUUCGUCCUCGACCAUCAAAGCCGCGAUCCUGCAUGCCCUGGACGCCGAUGAGACGUUGUCAAUCGAACUCCGCAUCCUCGAGUCCCGCCCGUUGAACGAGGGCGUGAGUUUCGCCCAAGCCCUGACGGACGAAGCCCAACGGCGCCGUCGCCGCGAGACUCCUGGCGCCACCGCCACCACCACCACAGGUCUCCUUCCCUUCGAUAACCGCCUCCGGAUCUUACUCGCCAGCGACGCCUCGGUCGGGGUCCUGAGCCGCGACAACGACCACGACAACGACGGCGAAGACGCCGUCGACCUAGUGGUGCUCGGCGCCGACCGCAUCUCUGGAGUAACCGGCGCCGUGAGCAAUAAGACCGGAUCCCUGGCCGCAGCGCUGGUCGCCAAAGCCGUCACGCGCGGCAGGGCGGUCGUGGUAUGCGUCAGCGAGAGCGAGAAGAUCGCCGUCGCCCCUGGCAUGGCGGAAGAGGAUCACGCCGAAGAGGACAACGACCCGGCCGAACUCACCGCAUCCUGGGAUCUCCGGCCGCAGGGACCGGAACAUGAGCAAGGGCGAUCCGCUUUAUGGAAGAAGAUGGUCACGGUGCGUAACGUCUACUUCGAAUGGGUGCCCGCGACACAUAUCGACUACUACGUGUGCGAGGACGGGACGCUGUCGUCGACGCAAGAAAUCCGCGAGAGAUCACAACGCAUCCGGGACGUGAUGGACGAGGUCUUUACGGUCGAGCAGGAAGUCGGUCUUUAG